ACGCCCACGAGCUCAACGCCACAGCAGACAAUAGCACACUGCCCACUCGACCAUCAUGUCCGACCGCGAGUUUGGCGGCAACGACGAUCUGUCGUUGCCAAAGGCGACGGUGCAAAAGAUUGUCCAAGACAUCCUCGCCAGUGAACCAGGAAUGACAUUUGCCAAGGACUCGCGAGACCUGCUUAUUGAGUGCUGCGUCGAGUUCAUCACCCUCAUCUCGUCCGAGGCCAACGAAAUCGCCGAAAAGGACGCCAAGAAGACCAUAGCCUGCGAGCAUGUCAAGGCUGCUCUCGAGGAGCUCGACUUUGGCGACUACGUGCCCGCCAUCCUCGACGUCGCACAAGACUACAAGAAGCAGCAACAGAACCGCGAAAAGAAGCAGACAAAGAUUGAGCAGAGUGGCAUGACCGAGGAACAGCUUAUUGCUGCCCAGGAGGAGCUUUUCAAGAAUGCCACGAGCAAAUUCAACGCACCCUCGCAGUAAUCAGCUGCCUAAUCUGACGCAUCACUUGUACGAAUAACGGACUCGGUUGUAUGGCGUUUGGGCGGAUAUCGAGGGGUGCGGGCAUGGCGUUUGGGGUAGACAAGGUAGGCUUUCAGCGUAUGCAGGCCACCAUUUUUCAAAUGCAUAAGCUAGGCGUUUUCCGGUGCGAUUCGGUGUCGAGCGGGCUGCACCGCAGCCCAGAAACCACCAUGACAAAUUUACCAUGAUUCUGACCUAUGCAUCCAUCUGCCCACUGCCCUCUUGAAUGCGCGUCGACUAGUACUCUCU